ACAAAUACUCAUUCUUUCUCUCUCUCAGACCCUCAGUUUUCAAAUUUCAGAUCUAGCUCUCUCUCUCUCUCUCUCUCACGUAGAAUCGGAGAAAUGGACGCCAUUGACUCAGUUGUCGAUCCUCUCAGAGAGUUCGCCAAGGAUAGCGUCCGCCUUGUCAAGCGCUGCCACAAGCCCGAUCGCAAAGAAUUCACGAAAGUGGCGUUCCGUACAGCGAUCGGAUUCGUGGUGAUGGGAUUCGUCGGCUUCUUCGUGAAGCUGAUCUUCAUUCCGAUCAACAACAUUAUCGUCGGUUCCGCAUAGGUCAUAUGAAGAAGCACUAAUUUGCUAGAGGUGGAAGGCAGAUGGGUCAGGGUGAAACUUAAUUUUAAAGAGGAAUGCUUAGCAAGUAGCUUCUUAGGUCUUAUUUGAUAUGUGUGCAUUUCUCCAGUAGACAAUGAAAUUUGGUGGUUUUGUACUUUUGUUUUUCUAUAAUGAGACCUGUAUUGACUGUUCUUAUAUUUUGGAUAGUGAAUUGGUUGGCUCCUUUUUGAGUUUGAGCUCAAUGGGCCUAAAAACAAAUAAAACCAGAGCAUUCUUCUGGCUU